AUGGACUUUAACCUGGGACAAAAGAAGAAUUGCCUGAUAGGCAACUGGUCGGAGGAAAAAGCGCUUCAUGAUUAUACUGGUCAUUUCCGAAUGCCUGCAGAUGGUCCGAAGGGAAGGAGUACCUUCAAACGAUGCAUAGAGCACUCGCAGCGGGCAGACAACAGCGACUUGAAGACAUCGAGCAAGCUAGACUUCAGCGACCCCCGCGCGGAGCAUGUGAAACUCAACUAUCAGCCAGACUCGACGGUAGGAGCACGAGAAAAAAUGCUGCUACAGAGACUGAAGACCGUAGCAAGUGAGAAACCUCCUCCACUUCCCCCUUCCCGGGAUUUUGAAACUACCACAUCCCUCGACUACCAGUGGCCUCAGGUCGACGAACAUUACAACCAAACCCGCGGACAGAGGAGGAUGCGAACGCUAGACAACGCGCCGACGAGAGGAAGGGACCGGACGUUUCUGCUCGAGCAUCAGAUCGCGUCGCCUCAUGUCUGUCUGGAGGAGGAGGAGCGAGGAGAAGACCUCGCUCCCUUGGUCGAGCAGGACGUUCCUAUCACUAUCUACUCUGCCAAGCCGCAACUCUUCCCGAUGUCGAACCCCUCUCAGGGAGCGAAUCCAUUUGGCAAGGAUAGCGGAUUCACCAUGCCCACCCAGUACUUUACCCGUGCCAUUACGCAUGACCUGUAG